AUGGUUAAUAAUAUAAGCAAAGAAUGCGAUAUAUGUGUAGAAAAAAAAUCAUCAUCAUUAUUUCUUGUUAUAACAUCAAAAUGUAAACAUUCCACUAAUGUAUGCAAGGAUUGUGUUGAACGACAUAUAGAAACAAUGUUAUAUGAAAAAGGUGAUGUUGUUAUUCAAUGUCCUUUUGAAGGAUGUAAACAAGUUAUUGAACAUAAUGAUGUUAAAAGAAUAGCUAGUCAUGAGUUAUUUGAAAGAUUUGAUAUAUUAUCACUUCGUCAAGCAUUAAGAAAGGUGCCAGAUUUUAGGUGGUGUAAAAAUUCUAGGUGUGGAUCUGGCCAAAUUCAUUAUCAAAGAGAUAUUGCACCAAUAAUGACAUGUAAAGCAUGUGGAGAGAAAUCAUGCUACACACACGAUGUCCCAUGGCAUGAAAAUAUGACAUGCGCUCAGUAUGAAGAGAAGAAAAAAGAAUCAGAAGCUGCCACAAAAGAUUAUCUUAUGAAGCAUACAAAACUUUGCCCUAAAUGUGGAGCCCAUAUCGAGAAAAAUGGUGGAUGUAAUCAUAUGACUUGUAAGGCUAGAACUUGUUUUUACGAAUUUUGUUGGUU